CGAUACGUUGCGUGUGUUUAUCUGCAUUUUGUUGAAAUAUUGACUUGCUCCAGGCGAUUUGUCAAGGACCGGAAUUUAGUAAGUUUUUGGAUUUCACUCAGUGAGAUUAGUUUCGAAGAUGGUCGGGACACCAGCCACGCCGUUGUGCAAGAUACAAAGGACUCCGGCGACCACCCCUGGAGGAGGAACCAAGGUUCGGGAGGAGAAGAUUUUGGUGACUGUUCGGAUGCGACCGUUGAAUCAGAGAGAACAAGCAAUGUAUGAUCUUAUUGCUUGGGAUUGCGUGGAUGACCAUACCAUCGUUUUCAAGAAUCUCAACCACGAACGCGCAGCUAAUCAGUACAGCUUUGAUAGAGUUUUUGAUCCAUCGAGCUCUACUCGAAAGGUUUACGAAGAUGGGGCUAAGGAUGUGGCCUUAUCUGCUCUUACAGGAAUAAAUGCAACAAUUUUUGCGUAUGGGCAGACAAGUAGUGGGAAGACAUUUACAAUGAGAGGAAUAACUGAAAAUGCAGUGAAGGAUAUCUAUGAACACAUAAAAAAUACUCAGGAGAGAGACUUUGUCUUGAAACUCUCUGCAUUGGAGAUUUACAACGAGACAGUUGUAGACCUUUUGAAUCGUGAUUCUGGCUGCUUAAGACUUUUGGAUGAUCCUGAGCGAGGUACCAUUGUGGAAAAACUUGUUGAAGAAGUGGUCAAGGACAGCCAACAUCUGAGACACUUAAUUGGCAUUUGUGAAGAACAAAGGCAAGUGGGAGAAACAGCUUUGAAUGAUAAAAGCUCAAGGUCACAUCAGAUUAUCAGGCUGACAAUUGAAAGUAGUCUUCGGGAAAAUGCAGAAUGUGUGAAGUCUUUCUUAUCAAGUUUGAAUCUUGUAGACCUCGCAGGAAGUGAACGUGUCUCUCAGACAAAUGCUGAUGGUGUAAGAUUAAAGGAAGGUAGCCACAUCAAUCGAAGCUUGUUGACGCUCACAACAGUGAUUAGAAAGUUAAGUGGUGGAAAAAGAAGUGGUCACAUUCCAUAUAGGGAUUCAAAACUUACACGAAUACUGCAAAACUCACUAGGGGGGAAUGCUCGAACAGCUAUCAUAUGUACCAUAAGCCCAGCUCUUAGUCAUGUGGAUCAAACUAGGAAUACUCUGGCUUUUGCAACUAGCGCGAAGGAAGUUAUCAACAAUGCCCAUGUAAACAUGAUUGUUUCAGGCAAAAGGUUGGUAAAACAUUUGCAGAAAGAAGUGGCAAGGCUUGAAGCUAAGCUACGAACUCCAGAGUCUACUUCUGCUUCAUGCCUACAUUCUUUGCUGAUGGAAAAGGAAUUGAAAAUCCAAGAGAUGGAGAGGGAAAUGGAAGAGUUGAAGCGCCAGAGAGACAUUGCACAUUCCCAGCUAGAACAAGAAAGAAAAGCACGCAAAGUACAAAAGGGAUCGAAACAAUGUGGACCUUCUGGCAAAGGAGUCAGAUGUCUCACUUUUGAUAAUGAGCCAGUUCCAGACUCCUCGGAUGCUCAGCCUAGGAAAACAGUUGGAAGAUAUUCGACACUAAGGCAGUCAGCCACAAUGACAGAUCCAUCCAUGCUUGUGCAUGAGAUCCGGAAACUCGAGCAGCGACAAAGACAGCUCGGUGAGGAAGCAAACCGGGCACUUGAAGUACUGCAUAAGGAAGUUUCUUCCCACAGACUAGGGAAUAAAGAGGCUGCUGAAGCAAUAGCAAAGAUGCUGUCCGAGAUCAAGGAUAUGCAGGCAAUUAGCUCUAUUCCUGAAGAUAUUAUGAUAGGGCAUGGGACUGACUUGAAACAAGAGAUCACUCGGUUGAACUCUCAAGGCUGCACUAUCGAAUCGUUAGAGAAGAAGCUUGAGAAUGUUCAGAAAUCGAUAGACUUGCUGGUUUCAUCGAUUUCAAAUGGAGAAGAGACACCAGACUUUAAGACCCAGGUGAAGAAGAAGAAAAUCCUCGCUUUCCCUUUGAAGAACAGAGUGAACAUGCAAAACUUAAUACGGGCUCCAUGCUCACCGUUGUCCUCUUCUCAGAGCAUAACGGAACAAGAGAUCGAGAACAAGCCGCCCCCUGAGGAUAAUGAAACAGUCUCCUCUAGCAGCCAUAGAUCACCUGGCUUGUUUAAAACUCCUCGGAAGGCUGAUGAUAGACAAGUCUCAUCAAGAGAGGGAACUCCAUCUACAAGGCAAACCAACUCGGUUGAUGUGAAGAAAAUGCAAAGGAUGUUCAAGGAUGCAACGGAGGAGAACAUACGCAGCAUCAGAGCUUAUGUCACUGAGCUGAAAGAACGAGUUGCUAAGCUACAAUAUCAGAAGCAGCUUCUGGUUUGCCAAGUGCUGGAGCUGGAAGAAGCAAAGGAGGCUGGAAACGAUGAGGAGGAUAGUUGUGUGCAGUCUCCAAUGCCAUGUCACGUGGUGUUUGAGGAUCAAAGGAAGCAGAUUAUCAUGUUAUGGCACCUCUGCCAUGUUUCAAUUAUACAUCGUACACAGUUUUAUUUGUUGUUCAGGGGAGACCCGGCUGAUCAGAUAUAUAUGGAAGUAGAGCUUAGAAGGUUGACGUGGUUGGAGCAGCAGUUUGCAGAGCUUGGAAAUGCAAGCCCGGCUCUUUUAGGCGAUGAACCUGCAAGUUUAGUUGCAUCAAGUAUCAAAGCACUGAAGGAAGAAAGGGAGUAUCUAGCAAAGAGGGUGAGCUCGAAGCUGACGGUAGAAGAAAGGGACUUGCUGUACUUGAAAUGGGAGGUUCCGGCGGUGGGCAAACAGAGGAGAUUGCAAUUGGUAAACAAAUUAUGGACCGACCCAUUGAACAUGCAACAAGUGGAGGAGAGUGCCGAAUUGGUUGCCAAACUUGUUGGAUUUUGUGAGUCGGGUGAACAUCUCAGCAAAGAGAUGUUUGAACUCAAUUUUGUUGACCCUUCUGAUAAGAAGUCAUGGAUGGGGUGGAAUUUGAUUUCAAAUCUAUUCCAUUUGUAAAAAGAAAACAAAUUAACA